AUGCGGUCGUCGCUUCAUAAUUCAACACUAUAUGGUUCAAAAAUCAGCGACUUUGGAGCAGGAGGAAAGAUCAAAGCUAUCCCUCACGACGAUGUGUUCCGUCGGCUCGGACUGAAGGACCUUCCAGUUCCCAAGUACACUUCCACCUCGCAUGGUAUUCGCACCAAGUUGCCCCUCGUACCCCUUUCAAUUGCACUUCCCGAGCAGCUUACAGAGUAUGAUUGGGAAGCUCUUCCAUCCCAGUGGUACCUGGUCAUCCUCGGAUGUGAACACGACGACUACCCUGGCGCUCUUCUCGGCCAGGUCUGCUACAUUCCCUCCUCCGAGUCCGGUGUCGGAUACUUGCACUACGGAUGGGUGAAAAUCAGCCCUGCACCAAGGCGGGGUCCUUCUCAACCCGACUUCUUCCCCUUGUCGCCGGCAACCAUCGCGCGCUGUCGCGAGCGCAUUGAGGUGAAGACCGUGUACAUCUCCAAGCUGGAGCACGCUACCGCACAAUCACAGCAUGCUCGCCGUCAGCGGCACAAGACUCUCAACCUCGUGCUGCUAGGAAGGACUCGCGAUGCUUUACGUGCACAAGGGUACACGGCGGAACUCCGAGGGCCGGAUGAGGACCAUCGGACCACUCACUGGCUCACGCUUUCCAAUGGCGACCACAGGAUCGCCGUCGAGUACCAGCAUACUCUCGAGGACGAGGACGAUGGUCAGCGGUUGUGGAUCAAGGCCACCGUCAAGGCCCUGCAACUCGCUCAUAGCUCAUCUGGGGAGGUGGAGGUGAGUCCUAACUGUGUAGAGUGGUCGGAUUGGGGUGGUCUACAGUAUGGGCCAUGGGUCUUGUCGCUGUCCAACACAAUAGUCGCCCUCACUCUCAGAGCAAAGCUGCUCACCGUGCAGCUCGGCUUCGACUGGGCAGCGCCAUCACUUUACUCCCUGCACGUCGAAGUCGUCACCAAGACGCUGCAGGACACAUCUACCACGUCGCCGAAGUUAGCUCAGGGCGCGCAGGAUGUCGAGGCCGAGCUUGAGGGAAGCGGAGGCGUACGUAGCGCCAUCGACGAUGCACGUCUUGGUAUGCUCGAUUCAGAGGGCAGCGCGGGUGGGCCGAAGGCAGGCUCUGUAGGAGAGGAAGACGGAGCGCGCUUGGAGUCGCAUAACGGGGACAUCGACGGUGAAGUGGAGGGUGUAUCGGCUUGA